AUGAUAAAUAGAUAUUGUGUGGAAGCAUUAGAUCGAUCACUGCAAGAUAUUAUGAAUAUCAAUGCUCCAUUUGAUGGAAAAAUAAUGAUCAUGGGAGGAGAUUUUUGCCAAGUGCUUCCUGUUAUUGAAAAAGGAAGUAGAGGGCAAAUGAUUUCAGCGUGUAUUGUUAGGUCUCAUUUAUGGGCCACCACAAAGAUCCUACACUUGCGCCAAAAUAUGCGAUCAAUUCAUGACCACGAGUUUGCACAGUUUCUGAUGAGGAUUGGAGAUGGCAAUGAACCUGCUAAAGAGGAUGACAUGGUCAAGAUGCCUGUUGAAAUUGUAAUACCAUGGGAAGAAGAAAGCUCCAUAAAAAAGCGUAUACAACAUACAUUUCCCCAAUUAGAAAAUCAUGGAUGGGAUGCUUCAUAUAUGAUGGAGAGAGCCAUACUUACUCCCAAAAAUUGA